UAUGUGCCUCGUCACCUGCCGUAACACGUCAGCUGCAAGCGAUCACGUGACUGGUGCCAGUCACAGCGCUUCGGUCGGAACAGUUUGCAAAUGUAUGUAAAGGCUUGAUUCCGUAGGCACGCCUUUUUUUAAAUAUCGUUGGAAGCGCUUUUUUCCGGCCCUGGCUGUCAGAACAUUUCCAUUUCGAGGGAUAUUUCCACCAGCCUCAUCUAAUUCGCUGUCACAAUGCUGAACUUCUGUCCUCAGUGUGGCUCAAAGUUACAGCCUGGUUUCAGAUUCUGUCCGUCCUGUGGUGGGAAACUGCCAGAAGACCUACCAGAAGCUGCAGCUUCACAGCCACCCGAGCCGUGUUCAAACUCCCUGCUUUCAGCUGUGACCGCCAUGGAAGUCGAUUCUGCUGGAGACUCCUCACAAUCUGCGCUGAAUCGCCCAGCUUUGCGCUCAACGCUGCGGAAGACCUUGAGUAGCACAGCCACGGACUCUUUAGAUCAGAAGUCUUUGCCAUCAACUCGAAAGCGAAAAGCAUCCCCUCUCUUUAAAGAGGAAGAAGUGUCGCAGACGACUUCAGCUAUGAUAACUCAAACCCCAGAUAAGAAGUCACUGAAAUCUCCACGGAAAGGAAAGGUGUCCCCGCAGGUUAAAGUACAAGAAGAGGUGAAACAAACUUUUUCAGUUACACUUCAAACACCAGAUAAGACGUCAUCGGUGUCACCACGAAAACAAAAAGCUUCCCCCCUGGUUAAAGAUGAGGAGGUGAAGCCAACAACUUUGGUUAAUCGAAGCCCAUCCAAAUGCAAAGCCAGGAAGCGGGUAUGCGCUCUUGAGCCUGUCCCAGAGGGUACGGUGGUUUGUGACCAGUCCAGCAAAAAGUGGAAGCUGGUUGAACUUCUGUGGCAAACAGAAUUGGAUAUGACAUAUGCAGUCUGCCAGGCAAAUCAGCACGAAGACUCCAAGUACAUGUUGCGACUGGGGGCUAAAGAGGGACACAUGUUUAAUGAACAGAACUUCCAUCUGAGAGCAGCUAAACCUAUUUCAGUUGAGAAAUGGUUGAAAUUGCACAAAUUGGACUUCCUUGGGAUUCCAUCCUGUGUAGGGUUCGGACUUCAUGAAGCAUAUAGGUUUUUAGUUUUCCCUAGCAUGGGUCAAACUCUCCAGACGUUCAUUGAUGAAGGGAACGGUACUCUAUCUGAGAAAGCGGUGCUCCAGCUUGCACUGCGACUUUUGGAUGCACUGGAAUUCAUCCACGAGAAGGAAUAUGCCCAUGCAGACAUCCAUGCUGGAAAUAUUUACAUCAACACUGACGGUCACACAGAGGUUUUCUUGUCAGGCUUUGGUUAUGCCUUUAGGUUUUGUCCUGGUGGAAAGCAUGUGGAGUACAGACAGAGUAGUCGCACCGCAGACCAGGGUAACAUCAACUUUAUCAGCAUCGACUCUCACAAGGGAGCUGGCCCCUCUCGUCGUAGUGACCUGCAGUCUCUGGGUUACUGCAUGCUGCACUGGAUGACUGGCUCGCUGCCCUGGAGUCAGCUCUCUCAAUCAAGCUUUGCUGCAGAGAAGGAAAGAUAUGUUUCUGAUAUCGCUGGGCUUUUGAGUGGCCUUUACAAACAGAAGAAAGCUUCCGGUGCAUUACAAAAAUACCUGUCUAAUGUGAUGAGUCUGCAGUACACUGAGAAACCAGAUUACACAUUUCUGAAAGCAGGGCUUCAUGAGAGCUUACAGAAGAUGGGUGGGAGUUUGAAUGAAUCACUCAAUUAGCAGGUGAAACUGAUUUAAUGGUUUUAUUGAAUGUUUAAGAAAGCAUUUAUGGUUGUUUUUUAAAAUAAGCUUUUAUUGCCAUUUUUACAAUGACAUUGCUGUGUGCAUGUUUUCUUUAAUAGGCAGAGUUUUAAUCACUGUGAUUUGUUAUUAUUAUUAUUAUUAUUAUUAUUAAAAAUUAAACGAUGUUUAUUUGCCAGGCUAACCUUUUUAUAAUUUCUUCCCAUUACAUUUCUUGCCAUCAGUGAAAGUAAAGCUUUGUAUGUUGUAGGUUUUACACUUUGAGAAAGGGCAUGCUCGUGUUGUUAUAAAGGGUUUUUUGUUUUUUUGUAUUGUGACUUACUGAAAAUAAAAACCUGUACAAAUAUG